AUGUCUCGCAGAACAUCGGCCAUGGCGUCGAACGAGCCUAGCAGCGUCCCGCCUUCAAACGACGGAGGUCAGUUUGCGAUCGACAAUGAACCCCUCGUGAAAUGUCGCUCACAUGUUACAGGCCAGGAAAAGCAGAAAAUGCUCCUCUCUGAAGAACAUGGUCAUUUCAGCAUGGUGAAAGCUCUCCACCUUGCCGAUCUCGUUACCGAGUUAAAUGGUAUGUUUCUGCGGAGGCAAGUUCAAGCCACUCGACGAUCUGAAAUUAUGCUAACCGUCGGAGCAGUCAUGUCCGUUUUCUCGUCCAUGCGCUACUGUCUCGGAGACCCCUCGGAGUACGGUGCCAUGUGGGCUGCCCUCGCGUUUAUGCCAUUUGGUCUGUUCUUCGACUUCAUGGAUGGAAAGAUUGCUCGCUGGCGCAAGAAGUCGUCCCUGAUGGGCCAAGAAUUGGAUUCGCUCGCAGAUCUGGUUUCCUUCGGUCUCGCCCCUGCUGCCGCAGCCUUUGCGCUCGGCGUUCGCACAAACGUUGAUCACCUCAUCCUGGCCUUCUUUGUCCUGUGUGGUCUCACUCGUCUGGCCCGGUUUAACGUCACUGUGGCUGUUCUGCCCAAGGAUAAGAGCGGCAAGUCCAAGUACUUCGAGGGUACUCCCAUUCCCACUACACUUUAUAUCGCUGGUCUCAUGGCCUACUGUGUGUCUCAAAGCUGGACCCACGAGAACAUUCCCUUCGGAAUCAUUGCCGAAGGCACAGCCCUGGAAUUCCACCCCGCUGCUUUGUUGUUUGUCUUGCAUGGUUGCACUAUGGUCAGCAAGACCAUUCACAUCCCGAAGCCAUAG